AUGUCGGUUUUACCUCAGGAGGUCCACACAGCUCUGUCACAGCUGUUACUUGGCCUUUCAUCUGCCGAUAACGGUGUUCGAUGCCAGGCCGAAUCGCAGUUGAAUAAUGACUGGGUGCAGAAUCGUCCGGAUGUUCUGUUGAUGGGCCUUGCAGAGCAGAUACAGGGCUCCGAGAACACAAAUGCACGCUCGUUUGCUGCUGUAAUUUUCCGACGUAUGGCGGCGAAGUCGAUAAAGAAUCCUUCGACCGGCGACCCUAGAGAACUAUUUUUCACUUUACUCCCAGACCAAAGAGUAGCUAUUCGACAAAAGCUACUUGAGGCUCUAAGCAAUGAGACGUUUGCUCCUGUUCGAAACAAGAUUGGAGAUGCAGUCGCAGAAAUCGCAUCUCAAUACUCGGAUCAAGAGGAACCAUGGCCAGAGCUCCUAUCAGUACUGUUCCAGGCCAGCCAAUCUCCUGUCAGUGGCCUCCGCGAAGCCGCAUUCCGUAUAUUCGCCGCAACUCCCACGAUUAUAGAAAAACAACAUGAGGAUAUGGUACAGGGAGUAUUUUUGAAGGGCUUCCAGGAUGACCACGUCUCUGUCCGCAUUUCCGCAAUGGAGGCAUUUGCUGCAUUCUUCCGCUCUAUUAGCAAAAAGACCCAGUCCAAGUUCUUCGGUGUUGUUCCGGAAUUACUCAAUAUUCUUCCGCCAUUGAAGGAGGGUGAUCAGGGCGAGGAAUUGUCCAAGGCCUUCGUUGCUUUGAUGGAGCUUGCAGAAGUCAACCCUAAAAUGUUCAAGAGCCUUUUCAACAAACUUGUGAAGUUCAGUGUCACUGUUAUUGGGGAUGCGGAACUUUCUGAACAAUUGAGGCAGAAUGCUCUCGAACUCAUGGCCACAUUUGCCGACUAUGCGCCAACCAUGUGCAAGAAGGACCCUACAUAUGCUCAGGAAAUGGUCACUCAGUGCCUUAGCCUAAUGACCGAUGUUGGCCAGGAUGACGAUGAUGCUGCUGAAUGGAGUGCAUCGGAAGAUCUUGAUUUGGAGGAGAGUGACAAGAACCAUGUCGCUGGUGAACAAUGCAUGGAUCGCCUUGCCAACAAGCUGGGAGGGCAGAUCAUCCUUCCUACUACCUUCAACUGGGUCCCAAAAAUGAUGAAUUCGGCAUCAUGGCGCGAUAGGCACGCUGCUCUUAUGGCUAUUUCCGCCAUCUCAGAAGGGUGCCGUGACCUGAUGAUUGGUGAACUCAAUCAAGUUCUCGCCCUGGUCAUACCUGCCCUCCGAGAUCCUCACCCUAGAGUGCGUUUUGCAGGAUGCAACGCCUUGGGUCAGAUGAGCACCGAUUUUGCUGGCACCAUGCAAGAAAAGUACCACGCCAUUGUUCUAGGGAACAUUAUUCCAGUUCUUACCUCCGAACACCCCCGUGUUCAGGCACAUGCCGCCGCUGCCCUGGUUAACUUCUGCGAAGAGGCUGAGCGCGCUACCCUUGAGCCAUAUCUGCCAGACCUUCUCCAGAAUCUCCUACAGCUUCUCCGCAACCCCAAGCGAUACGUUCAAGAGCAAGCUCUCUCCACCAUUGCCACCAUUGCAGACUCCGCCGAAGCUGCCUUCGGCCAGUUUUAUGAUACUCUAAUGCCUCUUUUGUUCAAUGUACUUAAGGAAGAACAGUCAAAGGAAUACCUCGUUGUUCGCGCCAAGGCUAUGGAGUGUGCAACGCUUAUUGCUUUGGCUGUUGGUAAAGAGAAGAUGGGCGCAGAUGCCAUUAACCUGGUUCAACUGCUUGGCCACAUACAGCAAAAUAUCACCGAGCCCGAUGACCCUCAGUCAUCUUACCUUCUUCACUGCUGGGGCCGCAUGUGUCGUGUAUUGGGGUCCGAGUUUGUUCCAUAUCUCCCUGCAGUUAUGCCGCCUUUGCUUCAAGUUGCUGCCUCCAGUGCCGAUGUCCAGAUUUUGGAGAAUGACGAAUCUCUACGAGAUGUUGAACAAGAUCACAACUGGGAACUGCUCCCAUUCAAGGAUAAGAUUAUCGGUAUUCGAACCAGCACUCUUGAGGACAAGAAUACAGCCAUCGAGUUGAUCACAAUCUACGCACAAGUCCUCGAGGCCGCCUUUGAGCCCUAUGUCGUCAAGACAUUGGAAGAAAUUGCCAUACCUGGCCUAGCUUUCUUCUUCCAUGACCCUGUCCGAGUUUCUUCCGCCAAACUUAUCCCUCGUCUGUUGAACGCCUACAAGAAAUCUCACAAUGAGCAGUCGGUAGAGUUCCAGCAGAUGUGGUCUUCUGCUCUGAUAAAGAUCAUUGAAAUCCUCACUGCAGAGCCUUCCAUCGAUACACUCGCGGAAAUGUUCCAAUGUUUCUACGAGUCUGUGGAGGUUGCUGGGAAGAACUGCCUUUCCCCACAGCAUAUGCAAGCGUUCAUCGAAUCUUCCAAGAGUGCCCUUGAGGAUUACCAGAAGCGAGUACAGAAACGCCUCGAAGAUAAGGCAGAGCUUGACGAUGGUGAAGAUGACGCUUUCUCUUUCGACUAUGAGAUGGAAGAGGACCAGAACCUCCUCAGUGAUAUGAACAAAGCUUUCCACACUAUCUUCAAGAACCACGGCCCAGCAUUCCUCCCCGCAUGGGAGCAGUUGCUGCCAUUUUACAACUCUUUCGUAACUAGCGAUGACCCUACACAGCGGCAGUGGGUUCUGUGUAUCAUGGAUGAUGUCCUCGAAUUCUGCGGCGAUCAAUCCUGGAACUACAAGGACCAUAUUCUCAAACCAUUAAUUGAUGGCAUGCAAGAUGAGAACCCAUCCAACCGCCAGGCUGCUGCUUAUGGUGUCGGGGUUGCCGCUCAAAAGGGCGGAGAAGCCUGGAGCGAGUUUUCCGCUGGCAGUAUUCCCAUGCUAUUUGCUGUAACCCGUUUCGCGGAUGCUAGGUCGGAAGACCAUGUGUUUGCUACCGAAAACGGUUCCGCCAGUAUAGCUAAGAUUUUGCACUUCAACUCCAGCAAAGUUCCUAACCCUCAAGAAGUGGUUGACAGUUGGAUUGAUACACUUCCAAUCGAGAAUGACGAGGAAGCAGCUCCAUACGCAUACGCCUUCCUUGCACAACUUAUUGACCAGCGAAACCCUUCUGUUCUUGCAAAAGCCGAGAAGGUAUUCACCUCUAUUGUCCAAGCACUCGAGGCUGAAACCCUCCAGGGCAACGUAUGCACAAAGGUCGUCGAGGCAGCAAAGCAAUUGGUUGCUGCAACAGGUAUAAAUGCCGACCAGAUUCUCAAUAUCGUUCGACCUGAGAAUCAAAUGGCAGUUCGCAGACAUUUCCAAUGA